UCGGUAUUAAAAUGGAAUGGUUUUGUCACUAUUCACUAGUCCUUCUUUUAACUGUGAAUGGAUUUUUGAUUGAUGAAAAAUUUCAACAGAAGAACCGCCUUGGAAGAACUCUGGUUUUAGGUGGAGGUAUUUAUGAUGACAAUAACAAGGAAAUUUACGGAACAAUUGUUCGUUUAGCAGGAGGCGUAAACCAUGCAAAACUAGGUAUAGUGUUAGCUGCUUCUGGUGAUUUUAAUGCCACCUGUACAUUUUAUCAAAACGUCUUUCUGGAUAUGUACCAUGCUCACUCAGUUUACUGUAUCCCCAUAAACGUCAACAAUACAUCUGCUAACUCUGAUCCUCUUGUUAUAGAGAGGAUUAAACAGCAGACAGGUAUAUUCUUCGCAGGAGGUGAACCUGAGAGGGUUAUAGAAUCAUUGUUUUAUAAAAAUCAUGUUCCGUCACCAGCGCUUCUUGUUAUAAAGGAGAUGUUUGAUACUGGAAUUAUCAUAUCAGGAAGCAGUGCUGGGGCAGAAUGUAUGCCAUCAGCUGUUAUGGUGUGGGGUGGUACUGGAUCUAGUUACAAUGCACUACAGUUUGGUACGUAUGAUGGAUCAGAAGUGAGUGACAGAGAUUAUCAAUUGUAUGACAAAGAUGGUGGAUUAGGACUUUUGGAUGGUUUUAUUAUCGAUGCACAUUUUAGUGAUCGAGGACGAGAGGGACGAUUAAUACGACUUUUAUCAGACACUCAUCAUUUACAUCAUGGUACUGAUUGGGGAUUUGGUAUUGACGAAGAUACAGCCAUGGUUAUUACCAAUGUUGGUACUGAAAACGAGAAAGCUGAGGUAAUUGGAUAUAAAGGUGUAUUUUUCGCGGAUGUAUCACAGUCAAAUAUAACAGCAAAAUAUCAUUCCUACAGCAUUACAAAUGUUAUGGUACACUACUUGACACAUGGUGACAGCCUCUUUUUGAAAAACAAAACUAUGAUAUUCUCGUCAACAAAAUCACCUAUGAUUGGAUUUGAAAGAAACAGUCGUGCGAUGACAUCAACAGAUAUUUUCAACACUAAUAUAACAAUAAGCCACUCUAAUGAGCCAUUUCCGGUUCAUUAUCCAGAAUUUGUAAAGGUUGCCAAAAGUUUAUUUGAUUCAAAACUUGACAACGUUAGUUAUGGUGACACAUAUGAACAUAAUCCUACAUUCCGGGUGUAUAUGUCACGAUCUGGGACAGGAGCUAAAGGAUAUACAGAAAGAGGCCAAGACUUGCAAACCAAUGAUAUUACUUCGUAUACAAAUUUACAAGUGAAUAUUACGUCGUUAGGAUGAACAAUGGCACAAAGGACCCUUCAUGAAACACUCAUUAAUAAUAUUCUAAUGUUUUUGUAUUCUAAAAUAAAGUAU